AACGUUUAAUGUAAUUUUUCGAUGUACUUACAUACUUUCAUGUGGUGGUGCUCCUGCAAGUACGGCCAACUGUUUGUUUGUGAUUGGUCGACGAAGAAGACGUCUGAAGCUUGUGGGUCGUCUGAUGUGUGGCCGGCUCUUUCGGCUGUCGUUCAAAAAAGAGGUCCUGGAUAUCUAGAUUGGAGAACAUGAUGGGUCGGUACAGGCUCUUGAGCCUGCUUGUAAUAGGAGUUGUGCUGCUGUCUCCUUGCUCUCAAGCAGCAGAGAAAGAAGAUGAUGGGGAGGUAACAGUCGAAGUAGAAGAUCCUUCGGAUUACACCAGCCCUCAACCCAACGGUCACUACCAUUUUGCUGAGAAUUUUGAUGACAUACAAGCAUUUAAGAAAAAUUGGGUUUUGUCAGAAGCUAAGAAAGAAGGUAUUGAUGAAGAUAUUGCUAAGUAUGAUGGUGUGUGGGAAAUUGAGCCUCCAGUUAGGGAUGGGCUUGGAGGAGACUUAGGCUUAGUCUUAAAGUCAAAGGCUAAACAUGCUGCCAUCUCAUCAAGAUUGAAGAAGACUUUCCAUUUCCACGACAAGCCAUUGGUUGUGCAAUAUGAAGUUCUUCUCCAAGAGGGUCAGGAAUGUGGAGGUUCUUACCUUAAACUUAUCGCAGUUGAUUCAACUACCAAUGACUUGCGUAAUUUCCAUGAUAAAACCCCCUACUCCAUCAUGUUUGGUCCUGACAAAUGUGGAAAUGACCACAAGCUGCAUUUUAUCUUCCGACACAAGAAUCCCAAGAAUGGUACUUUUGAAGAAAAGCAUUGUUCAAAACCCAAGGAAAGGCUGGAAGAACCAUUCAAAGAUAAGCAGCCCCAUCUGUACACAUUGAUAAUCCGCCCUGACAAUACUUUCCAGAUUAGUGUUGAUCACAAAAUUGUGAAAGAAGGCAGUUUGCUGGAAGAUUUUACUCCAGCUGUCAAUCCUCCAGCUGAAAUUGAUGAUCCCAAUGACAAAAAGCCUGCUGAUUGGGAUGAAACUGAAAAGAUCCCAGACCCAGACGCUCGCAAACCUGCUGACUGGGAUGAAACAGCUCCUGCACAAAUACCAGAUCCAACCGCCACAAAACCAGAGGGUUGGCUGGACCAUGAGCCAGACAUGAUUCCUGACCCAAAUGCUGAAAAACCUGAUGAUUGGGAUAAUGAAAUGGAUGGUGAUUGGGAAGCGCCUCUAAUUCCUAACCCAGCUUGUGAGAAGGCUGCAGGUUGUGGAAAAUGGUCGCCACCCUUGAUAAAUAACCCUGAGUACAAAGGAAAGUGGCGAGCACCGCUUGUCCCAAAUCCUAAUUAUCAGGGCCGCUGGAAACCCCGACGCAUUGCAAAUCCUGAUUUCUUUGAAGACAAAUCACCUUUCAGAAUGACAUCAAUUUCUGCUGUUGGCUUUGAAUUAUGGUCUAUGUCAAACAUGAUUCUAUUUGACAACCUUCUCAUUACUGAUGAUCCAUCAGUAGCUGCUGCCUAUGCUGCUGAUUCGUUUGACUUAAAGAGGAAGAAGCUUGACCAAAGUGCUGAAUCCCUUGUUACCCGCAUCAUAAACUACAGCAAUGAUAACCCCUGGUUAUAUGCCAUCUAUAUUGUAGCUGUUGGCCUUCCCCUUGUUUUAAUCGCCGUAUUUUUCUGCGGUUCUUCUGAAUCAGAAGAAAUGAAGAAAGCAGCAAGAGCAAAGAAGACUGACAUGGAUCUUGCUGAUGAUGUGCAAGACAUAAAUGAACUGCAAGAUGACUUGCAAGAUGACCAGCAGCAGCUUGGUGAUGAAGACGAAGAAGAUGAGGAGGAGGAGGAGGAAGAUGACGAUGGUGAUGAUGAAAGUGAAACAGGUACAGCUGCCACGUCGUCUGAAACUAGUAGAACAUCUAAGACUCAAUUGGAUCUGCAGGAAAAUGAGCCAGCUGCUGAAGGGUCUGGAGAUGCUCCCCGUUCACCACGAAAGCGGCGCACACGCAAAGACUGAAAUUAUUAUCCUCUCAUCAAUCAUCACCAUGGAUGACGGUGAUGGCAUUCCUACAUAGAUUUGUUUUAAUGCUCCUUUACCAUUAUGGGGAGAUGUGAUAAGUGCAGCUUAUGUUUCAGACAAAGUUAAAAAGAAAGUUUUGAGUGGACUGAUGAUUAUUCCUUUGUUCAUAUUGCAAUGCAAUUUAUCAGUGCUUAAUUUUUUUUGAGCACACUUCUUGGAAUCCCAAAACUACAUUAUGCAUUUGUGGCUCAAGGUUUUUGAGAAUGUUAAAGGAAACAUGAAAACCAAAAAUGGUAUUAGAGAAUAUUAGUAUGAAUGUUAAUCAUGUGUUCUUCUGAUAUUGUCUUGUCAUAGUUAUUGAAAUACCUAAGUUUGUGUAUUAGUUCCCUGUGUUAGGUUUAGUAUAUAAUACUGCUACUGAGUUUUGAAAUGAGAGAUUUGCUGGCACUCUCACUAAUUACUUCUACUUGAGCCUUGUACGUAACUGAACUGGUUAUUUAAUUUCCUAAUUUUUAAAUCAUUUUUAUCUUUGUCCUUAUUAUCUCUGAAGUACCUUGCAGUUUCCUAGUUAAUGCAUAUAUAUAAUUUGAAAUAUGACCACAGUUUAUGAUUUUUGAUCAUUCAAAAUCACCGAUUAGAAUUACCUAACUACUAAAAUACUCAUAAGACCAUAUAACAAGACUGUACAAUUUAGAAAAAAAGAAAAAGAAAAAAAAAACAUUCACUUUCCUUUUUUAAAAAAUAAUUCAUAACCUCACUUGACUGUUAAGUUUUGGAUUUCCCCUACGAAUUCGCAGAUUUCAGUUUGUUAGUGUUUGCAAGGGUACAAAGAUUUAUAGUAGAAGUUAGGAAGCUGUUACUUUCAAAUUUUUAAUGUUUAUUUUAAAAUAUGGAAAGUAGUUAUUGUUGCUGAUCGCUUACCAUACCAUGUUUGACCCAAAAAUGUGCUCAUUCAGUAUUCACUCACUUCUGGUCCUGAAUAACAGCUUACUUUUACACAUCAAUGCAAGUGUAUUGUAUUGUCCACUUAUAAUAUCUUGGAAGUAAAAUAAUUCAAUGAGCUGCCUAAUAGUCCACAUUUAUAAUUAUAGCUGCUCAAUCUUCGAACCGUGUGUUUCUGUUUGAUGUUGUGAAUCAUAAAUAUGCAUUUAGUAACAAAUGUGUGCUUUAGUUUUAAAAAAAUUUAUAUGCUUUUCAAGUUUGCUAUUAUUUAAGUCAACCUCAAGAUGGUCUUGGGCCGAAGCUAAAAACUACCUUGUUAAUAUCUUGCUAGCCCACUUGCUUAAAACUGUUAUUGAGAAUAUUCUGGAGAACAAGGCACUUACUUUACAGAGAAAGAACAUAAAUUGAGAAAUUUCUGAACAGUUUGCGUAGCUCUUGCCUCUCUUUACCAAAAAGUAUUCACUUCUCUGAUUUAGUCCUGGUUCUCAUUGAUACUACAACAGCCCCAUGUAGAAUCUAUCAGAUAAAGCAGUUGUAAGGAGGUCAACUAUGUAAGCCUGUUAGGCCGUCUUAUGUUAUACUUUGCAGAUAAUGAAUUUUAUAUAUAUCAUCUAAAUAUUUAUCUUUCUAUGGUUCUUUAUACCUGUCGAAACUUUUUUAAAAAGAGAAAUUCAUGAAAUUACAGUAAUAGCUUUGCAUACAAUAUGCCCUUCUUUUUAGUGUUCUACGCCGUUUGCUUCAGCUCUCAUAAUUUUGUUUUCUUUAUUAAAAAAAUGUGUAUAUCAAUGAAUUGCUCAUUGAAAGCAGGCAUGAGUGAACUGUCUUAUGUUUUAUGCUGAGAUCUAGUCAUGUUCAUGUUAUGAUUGAUAACAUUUCUUACUCAUGUCUGUUUCAGAUCUUGCUAUAUAACUGGAUGCCUGUGAAUCUGGGUGUACAAUAAAUAAAUUGAUUUCUCUAUAAA